UCUCACUUAUAGGCUUCAGUCGGCCGACUCAACCUUGUGUGGAGCUGAGUGGAGACCAGAGUGCUGUGGUGGUAUGGGGCCUGUAUACCAGCUUGUGGACGAGCAGCCAAGCGCCGGGACAUGUCAGAAUAAGCCCGCAUUAGCUCUAUACUGAGGCGACUGUCAACCAUGUAGAUUUUCGCUACACAUGACUACGCUGGCAGAUCUUUUUGAACGGCUUAUAGUCACUGACAAUAAUUCUUAAGAGAGAGCCUCCGGGCGAUAGAAAAGCUCGGGUGUAUUUCGGGGGGAAUGCAUACCAGUAGCGAGAUGUGCAGACAGCCAGGUCGUCCAUACCAACGCUAAUUGGACUUACAUUAACCGUGUGGUUUUCGAGGAGUCCUGGUGCAGGGGCAGUCCCAAUGCAAUGCGAUCCAUGGGGGAAUGGGGAUUAUACAUUUCGGCCACUAUUCUCUUAGUGCUUCUUCUACAAAUUCAACGGGUGCUAUCUCAAGACGACUACUCAGAACCAAUAACAUGUUAUUUCUGCUUCGGAAAAGCUGGGAACAGUACUUGUGCCGAUCCGAUAGACGUCAACAACCCACACGUGGUGAAGAGGGAAUGUCUAACUGGCGUCUGCGUCAAAUGGACACGUUACAGAAAAGGCAUACUGUACAUGGAGAGAACCUGUUCUAACGAACUGAACUUUCACAUCACGAUGAUUGACGGAGUGUGUCGGACAGAGCGUAACGGAAACGGGUAUCUGUGUAUGUGUGGAAAACACCUGUGUAACAGCGGAUGGAAGACUGCACACCAUCCGCGCGUGCACUACUUACCUGUGCUGUUAACGGGGAUAUUUGUACUAAAAUACUGGACAUCUUUGUGGGAUGGGACGUGCGAGACGGACCAUUGAUGACGUCACAUGAUUAGACACUGGACGGGCCUAGUUGGCACCUGGUCUGUUAUUGCUUGUUUAUGCGCAUGUCAGUCAUAUGGUCACGUGCAGUUGACAGGAGGUUGUGUCAGACUGAAACUCUAUAUCACGUACUCAACGAGUCUAAGCUUUGAGAAAAGCAAUCCAGAUUUCCAUAAAAAGAAGACGGAAUGAUAAGCUUUCGUCUCAGUACCGAGGCGCUGGCCGUAGCGGCGACCUCUCAAAACUAAAUCUAUGCAAUUGCGUUUGUGCCAGGUUUUACUGUCACUCAGGAUGUUAACUGGUCUGUGAGCAAAUGGUCAACCCGCCGUGAUAGCUGUAGUAGUUGUAGUUGUUAUAGUCUAUUUAUUUUAUUCAAUGAUUUUAUAUUCAGCUGUCUGUAAAAUCAAACAGUUGAAUAUAGGCGACUCUCUAAAAGAAAUACACUAUAACAGACUUAGUGUGGGUUUACUACAUAGCCAAAGGCAUGUGGAACACACAGUCGUGUGCGGGCAAAAAAGACGGCAGAACAGUAUUGGCAGAUUUGGCGCAGUAAUUUAUCUAUGGUAGUGGCACCCACUUUCCUUGUUGCCUGCCCUCUCCCCACUCUUGUAUAUUGACACCUUACUCAAAUUAACCAUGUAAUAAUGACGGCGACAGAUUAUGGCUUGUGUUCAACCGAGCACCCGGGGAUUCGUCAUCUUUUACCGUCAGUUAUGCGAGCUAACAAGCGUCAGAUCUGACAACGUUUGAUGAUUUAACACGAACACACCGUAGAUAUGAUAUUGCAAGAUCGAGGAUGGUCAAAUCCGCCAGGUGACGCGACGUCCAGCUGAUGACAUGGCUGUCAUUGAAAUGUUCUUACAAGUAUUAACAAGACGCAUUAAUCUGAGGCGUGACGUUUAUAGUUGACGGUCUGCCAUCUUAACUUAUAAACAAAUGAAACUUGAUUAUUCUUUGCUUUGUACCUAUCUGAAUAGUGUUGGGAGCUAGUAAUCUAUAUCCCCGAACUAUUCUAAAGUGCGAAUCCUCAGGAAUGAUCGGAAAUCUCAGCGGUGUGUUGUCUUGGGCCAAAAGUUGGUCUGUAUGUCUGUUUUAUGCAGCUGGUGUGUGCAAUGGAAACCUCCUUAUCACAAGUGUGACAGUGUUCUCUACAAACAGAUCUAUACCGCGAUCUUUUUGCACAUCGUUUAUCAAUACCUUUCUUCUAUACAGAUGCAAUUAAUCGUAUUGGAGACCGGGUUUCUUCCAUUGUAUUAUCCCAAGAUGUUUUCUUAUACCACGUAAGCCUUCUAUGCGAAAACUGAUUGUUAUACGGUUGAUUUUUUUUAUAUCCCCGUUCUAUAUCUCCGGGCUUUUUUUCAAAAACAUUUGCUAUGCAUGCCUGUGUGAAUUAUAUAAUCAGUGAUCUCGAUCUUUUCUCAUAUUCUGUACAUUCACAUUUCUUUGUGCCUUUCAAAACCGAAUAUGACACAGUUGCUUUUUUCCACCGCUUUAGUGAACAGAUCUCGACCUUCAGUAUAGCAGUCCGAUAUUUGUACAGAUUCCCUUUUUACACGAACACAGGUAGACUUAGAUAUUGUAUGAAUGCAUCGACACAGUAUUUUCACAAGAAGAUGAUUUCUGCUGUGACUUUGGGUUGUGGACAGACCACAGUUUACUGCAUGUAAUCUUAACAGACAUAUAGUCACCUUAUAUUUGAUACACAUAAUAAUGUUAAAUAGUCAUGAUAAACUUUGCCCUGUGUUAUUUUGGGGGUACUUCGAAUGUGCCCUGAUCAAGUUUUUGAUUGCUACCUUGUAAAUUGUUCAGAAUUAUUGUAAAUUUCAAGGUAAAUAAAAGUUACUGAAAUCACG